AAUAAAAUCCGUCAGUUUAUUCCGCGAUGAUCCUGCUUCCAUGCUUUAUACCGAAAUUACUACUACCGCUACUGCUGCUGAUGCCAUUUGCGGUUUUCGUUCGAAGUGUCAAAAUUUUGCAAAUCACCGAUAUUCAUCUGUAUCUUUUAACUAUAGCACAAAAGGCGAUCGGCAAGCAAUGUGCCAUUUGAAUGCACAAGUGCCCGAACAGCUCGGACAGUUUGGUGAUUAUAAGUGUGAUGCUCCAAAGGUAUGCGUUUUUUUAAGUGCCAAAAUUCAUGCAUAA